AUGAGAUAUUGUCCCGCUCGUUGCCACGCGUAGUUGAUGAGCUAAUAGUGCUGUAAGUAUUGGCUGGUGGCUUGGUUUGAGACGUGUCCCACACCUGCCGCCCCUCGUCCAUUUUGUAAUCAAUGAUCUCUGUUAUAUAUUAAGCUUCUCUGUCCCCUCUGUCGUCAUCUAUCCCAUUAUCAUACCCAAGAACCUACCAUAUUCCGCAAGCCAAAGCAUUCCGGCCUCACCAAUUACCCCGCCUACCACACCCAUUAGAUCCCUAAACACCGCAGCAAUGGUUCAGAACAAGGGCCUCAUCUACAAGGAAGCCCCAGAGGGCGUUCCCGUCCCAGGGAAGCACUUCAAAGUCGAGGCCCGCGACUUCGACCUCGAGAAAGCCCCCGAGGGCGCCAUCACCUUCAAGCACAUCUAUGCCUCCUUCGACCCCUACCAGCGCGGCCGCAUGCGCAAGCCGGAGGUCAAGUCCUACAGCCCGCCCUUCACACUCGGCCAGCCCAUGCAGGGCGGCGGUAUCGCAACGGUGCUGGCGUCGGGGCUGCCAGAGUACAAGAAGGGCGAUUUGGUUAUCGGGAUCAUGCCGAUUGAGGAGUACUCCACGCUGUCGGAGGCGGCGCUGAAGGCGUAUGGUAUCAGGAAACUCGAGAACCCGCUUGGACUCGACCUGAAGGAGUUCACUGGCCCGCUCGGCAUGCCUGGCUUGACCGCGUACUCGAGUUUCUAUGACAUUGGAAAGCCGAAGAAGGGAGAGACGAUCUUUAUCUCUGCCGCGUCGGGAGCUGUUGGCCAGAUUGUUGGCCAGCUUGCCAAGCGCGAGGGAUUGACGGUUAUUGGAUCUGUAGGCUCGGAUGAGAAGUUGAAGUUCAUCAAGGACGACUUGAAGUUCGACGAGGGCUUCAACUACAAGAACGAGAAGCCAGGCGAGGCACUCAAGAGGCUAGCACCGAACGGAAUCGACAUCUACUACGAGAAUGUCGGUGGAGAGCACCUCGAGGCCGCCAUUGACGCCUUGAACGACAAGGGUCGCAUCAUCGGCUGCGGAAUGGUCGCCGAGUACAACUUGCCAGAUGAGAAGAAGUACCACGUCCGCAACCUUAUGCAGAUCGUCGCGAAGCGACUGACGAUUCGCGGAUUUAUCGUUGGAGACCCAGAUAUGGGACCUGUUUAUGCGAAGGAGCGCGAUGAGAAUGUGAGCAAGUGGAUCAAGGAGGGGUCGAUUGUCACGAAGUUCGGCAUCGUGGAUGGUAUUGAUAACGCGGCUGAGGGAUGGUUGGGUAUGCUCCAGGGUAAGUACUUGGGUAAGGUGGUCCUCAAGAUUGCGGAGGAGUAAGCGGCUGUUGGGGUAAUAUCCAAAUAGAUAGCUCAAAGUAAGCACUAAGGAAAUGAAAUGAUCAAUAUAUAUG